AUGUCGUCGUCGACGAAGUAUCUAUUGAAGGGCGGCACGAUCGCGACCUGCGUACAGGGCAGCGACGCCGCACGGGUGUACAAGGCGGACGUGCUUGUCGAAGGGAGCACCAUCACCCGCAUCGAGCAGGACAUCGCGCCGGGGCACGGAGUGGAGGUCAUCGAUUGCACGGACAAGUGGAUCACCCCCGGGUUUGUGGACACCCACAGACACGUCUUCAUGACGGUCCUGCGCGCGAAUCAGUGCGACUACCUCCUGAGCGAGUACUUCAUCAAGAUGUCCUGGACAGUUCAAGGCACGCUCACGCCCAACGAAAUCGCCAUCGGGACCCUCGCCGGCUGCCUCGACGCACUCCACAACGGCGUCACGACCAUCCUUGACCACUUCCACGCCGCACACACGCCCGCGCACGCUGACGCCGCGCUCCGCGCCGUGCUCGAGUCCGGGGCGCGUGUCAUUUGGGCUCCUGCGCGUCAGAGCCCCCCCACGCAGCUCUUCCCGAACUUACAGUGGGCAGACGACGCGGAGUCGGUGAAGUGGCAGCGCGAGAAGCUGAAGGAGCUUGGUGCGCCGAAUGGAGGGAAGUUGCGUCCGGAUGGGCGCGUUACGCUGGGUCUUGCGUACGACACGCUCUGGCAGGGCCCCAUUGAGUCGCACCAGGAGUUCCUCACGUUCGCGCGCUCGCUUCCCGUAGCAGUGAUCACCGCGCACGUCGUGCAGAGCCCGGGCAUCCUGACCUGGCGCGACGCGGGCCUGCUCGGGCCCGACGUCGUCUUCUCGCACUGCAACAUCCUUGCGGACCGCCCCGCGCCCGACGACGAGAUGUGGGCCGCGCUGAAGACGAGCGGCGCGGCGAUCGCGGCGACGCCCGAGGACGAGCUCGGGAUGGCGCACGGGAACCCGGUCGCGCUGGAUGCGCUCCGCCGUGGGGUGAAGUGCGGGCUUGGCGUGGACGUGGUCUCCGCCAACAGCGGCGACAUAUUCACGCAGAUGCGCGUCCAGCUGCAGUGGGCGCGCGGGCACGAUCACGAGCGUAUCCUGGCAGAGAAGAACCCGGCGACGCGCCCGUUCCACAACAAGUACAACUGCGUGGACGUCUUCCGUCUCGGGACGCUCGGGGGUGCGGAAGCCCUAGGCCUGUCGCAGCUGAUCGGGACGGUAGAGGUCGGCAAGCGGGCGGACUUGCUCGUCUUCGACGCAAACUCGGUCAACCUCGCUGGCGCUGCUGAUCCCAUUGGUGGCGUUGUGUUCCAUGCCUCGAGCGAGGACAUCGAGAUGGUGUUCGUCGACGGCGAGAUCGUGAAGCGGGACAGGAAGCUCGUGCGUGAGUGGGCGCCGGUCGCGCGAGAGCUGAAGGAGAAAGCGGAUGCGGUGAGGGCGCGGUGGCCCGCGGAGAAGCUGGAGGAGGACUGGAAGAAGUGGUACGAAACCAAUGGCGCGCCCUUCUUCUGA